UUCUUCCAUUCAUUCUUCAAUGUUUUAUCUGUCUGUUUUUUAACGACGAGCAAACGGAAUAAAGUCGACACGCGUGCAUUUCUUCAAGUUUUACCGGAAUUCAUUUAGAAUUUGUUCAUAGAUUUGUGUUGGAAUUAGAUUAUUGUUGUCUUAAAAUAAGCCGGCAGAAUGACUGAAGUAUCAGAAGUGUCGACCUCCUCCCCAACUGAGCUGUUGGCUGCAGGCCGCAGACAUUUGGCUGUCAGAGACUUCAGCGCGGCUGCCAGUACCUUAGCACAAGCCUGCGAGGGACUUGCUAAAGAACAUGGAGACACUGCCGACCAGUGUGCUGAGGCUUACUUAUGGUAUGGAAAAGCUUUGCUUGGUCUGUCAAGAGAAGAGAGUGGUGUCCUCGGUGAUGGUGUGCCAGGCUCAGGAAAUGCUGAUGGAGAAGAAGAGGAUGAAGAACAAGAAGAGAAUGGAGAAAACGGCGAGAACGGUGAAGCUGAGGCUGAAACUGCAGAGAAUGGGAAGGAAAAUGGAGAAGUUGAAAAGAGUGAGGCAGAGUCCACAACCAAGGAUGAGGAGCCAGGCAGCAGUGCUGCCCCUGAAGAAAGUGAGGAGCCGGGAACAACAAAUGGCGACGCCGACGGCGAAGCUCAUGAUGAAUCUGUGAUGAAUGUGGAUGCAGAGGAUGAUGUUGACAACCUACAACUUGCUUGGGAGAUGCUUGACCUAGCGCGCAGUAUCCUGUACCGGCGCGUGCAGGACUGCGGCGGCGACGCGGCGCGCGCCCUGCUGGCCGACGUGCACCUCGCGCUCGGAGAGGUCGCGCUGGAGAGCGAGACUUACGACAAGGCGGUCACUGAUAUGCAAAGCUGUUUAGAUCUGCAAAAGGAACUGUACCGUAGCGACGACAGGCGGAUUGCCGAGACACAUUACCAAAUCGGUCUCGCAAACUCCCUGGCAUCAAACUUCGAUGAUGCGAUCACACAUUUCAAGAAUGCAGCGAACAUUCUGGAAACUAGAAUCAAAACUUUGGAGAACCCCGCCACUGUUACUGAAGAUGCUACAGUCAAGAAGUUCUCGACUGCGGACCCAUUCUAUUCCGUCGAGGGAGAAAUUAAGGAGUUGAAGGAACUUCUCCCUGAAAUACAGGAGAAGAUCCAGGAUAUGAUGGAUUAUAAGGCUGAGACGAUAAAACGAGUUCGCGAAACGCUGUGUCCGUCGAACGGUGAAGGAGCUUCGACAUCCAAUGGUGCUGGACCCAGCUCUAGCUCAGGUGCAGGCUCUAGUUCAUCAGCUCCUAAACCAGCUGCCUCCGACAUUUCCCAUCUCAUCAAGAGAAAGAGAAAGGCGAGCGAAGGAGAAGCUGACUCCUCCGCUGCAAAGAAGGCCAAUACGUGAAUGUCACCGCCCAACACAUUAAAGUACCUGUAAGGGCCUCGACGGAUCUGUAAAUUAUUUGAAAAAUCGUUGAACAGGAAUGUAUUCUUUGAGUCUAUCAGAUAAUAGUAAUCUCAUUUAAAUCUCACCUGGACCAAUAUAGUUUUUAACGAAUAUGUAGAAAUGAAACCACUCUGUAUAUCACCUCAGAUUUGAAGAAAGCAAUAAUCUUUAUUUGUUUUAAAUGUAAGGUAAUGUUUCGUUAAUGUUUUAGGGUGAAGAAACUACGGUUUUUGAUAACUAUAUUAUGCUAUUAACUUAUUAGGCUCAAAGAAAAUACAUGAAAAAUGUCUAAAUUAUUUAAAUUAAUUAUUAUAAUUAAGUGUUGGGGCCCAAACAAGUAACCUUGUGUACAAAAAAACGCGUGAUUGUCAAUGUUCAAGUGAAUGUAUCGUCCUAGGAAAAUGCUUUCUUACAAUGAAAGCACAAACAGAUGUAUAUUUUGUAUGGAUCUUGUUGUGUUUGUCUGACUAUUUGUUAGGUUGGUUGUAUGGGACAUUUUUGUUCCCCAAAUUUUAAUAAUCAAACAUCUAGUGUGGUCAAUUAAGUCCUUAAGAAUUUUAAAUUCGUUUUACAUAAGAUAUGUCUCUGAGUUUGUUGUAAUUAGAUUUUAAAUCAAAGAAUCUACUAUGUUUAGUUGAACUGACUUUUUUCGUCAUAAAAUUGGGACAACGACAUAAUUGGUAUAAAAACUAAGAAUUAUAUUGUUAAUUUCUUAUUAGUAUCAAACAGUUAUUAAGCGUCCUUUUGAUUUCCUGAAUACACACAAUAAUACCUUUUUAUAUUGUUAGUUCUUUAAUAUUGGAUUUCUUCUUAAGUUAUUGGUAUUAUCCUAAGUUAUGAAUACUUCAUAGGGAUUUGAAAAUCUAACUCUAAUAAUAGUAUUUUAUGUUACAUUUUUAAACAAUCGGUGUUAUGUUCUCGAUAUCACAGACACAUGAUAACAUAGAUGGAAUAGAUUAUUAAUAACAAUUUAUACUUAAUUAUUCUUACCCCAAUAGUUUCCCAAUUUAAGCCUCCCCCGCCCCCCCGAUAGGUGACAGACUGAAUUAUUUAGCACCUACCCAAUAAGAUAAGCUUUACAACACAACACAAAGUUUAAUAGCUUUUCCAGAAGAAUGUUAUCUUUUGAUAACAUUGAUUAUGAUGAAUAUCAAAAUGUAAAAUUUUGCCUCAAUAUUCUUAAAUGAAAUUGUUCUUCGUUAAUCUUGAUUUAAAAGGUAUGAUAAGUGUAUAACGCUUUGGAAGUUAUAAUGUUAAGCUAUUUCGUUCUUAAAUAAUUUACAUUGUAAUAUCACAUUUAGUUUACAAUAAAAUUAAUAGUUUUGAUAUA